CUAUUUAAACCAAGCUCUGCUUGCAUUAUCCACCAUUCUUUUAACUCUUCUCGAGCUCCAUCUGCCUGUUCUUCGCAGUGCUCUCUUUCUUCUUCCCCUUUGUUUUCUCUCCUUCAAUGGAUAUGUCCCCUUCUUUGGAUUCCAGUUGGUGGGUGUUUACGCUCCCAGCUAUGUUGCAGACUCAAAAUCUCUUUAAUCCUUUGUUCUUGUUCUUUGUGUUUAUGUCAUUCUUUGUUAUUACGCUUUCAACUUGGGCUUUUUCAAAUGGUGGCCUAGCAUGGAAAAAUGGUAGGAGCCAAAUGGGGGAUGUUCCAAUCCCGGGUCCUCAAGGUCUGCCAUUCUUGGGUAGUUUGUUUAGUUUGAGCCAUGGCUUGGCUCACCGUACUCUUGCUUGCAUGGCUUCAAGACUUUCAGCCACCAAGCUUAUGGCUUUUAGCUUAGGAUCUACGCCUGCCGUUGUCAGUUCUGAUCCUCAAAUUGCUCGUGAAAUCUUGACUUCUCCUCACUUCGCUAAUCGUCCCAUUAAGCAGUCUGCUAAGAGCCUUAUGUUUAGCCGAGCUAUUGGGUUUGCUCCAAAUGGGGCGUACUGGCGGCUGCUGAGAAGAAUUGCUUCAACUCAUUUGUUUGCACCCAAGCGCAUAGCGGCUCAUGAGCCUUGGCGCCAGCUUGAUUGUGCUGUUAUGUUACGUGACAUUCAUAAUGAACAGUCCCUCAAUGGAUCUGUGCAUCUGCUUAAACACCUCCAAAAUGCUUCUCUUAAUAACAUUAUGGGGACUGUUUUCGGCAAAAGAUAUGAUCUCACGCAGUGCAACGAGGAGGCUGAAGAAUUGCAAGAAAUUGUUAGGGAAGGGUUCGAGCUCUUGGGUGCUUUUAACUGGUCUGAUUAUCUUCCAUUGCUGAACUACUUCUACGAUCCUUGUCAUAUCAAAGAAAGAUGCUCAGCUCUUGUUCCUCGGGUCAAGAAACUCGUAAAGAAGAUUAUAGAAGAACAUGAUCAAACUAAAAUGUCUAAAAAGAUUACUGAUAACUCUGAUUUUGUUUAUGUCUUGCUCUCUUUAGAAGGAGAUGAGAAGCUUGAAGAGGAUGAUAUGGUGGCUGUUCUAUGGGAAAUGAUCUUUCGUGGCACUGAUACAACUGCACUUCUAACUGAAUGGGCGAUGGCGGAGGUGAUUUUGAACCCUGAUAUUCAAGCCAAGCUUCGAAACGAGCUUGAUUUCGUUGUAGGAGACAGGAGUGUCACAGAUUCUGACAUCUCUAAACUACCCUACCUUCAGGCAGUGGUCAAGGAGACCCUACGCGUGCACCCUCCUGGGCCCCUCCUAUCAUGGGCCCGGUUGUCCACGUCGGACGUCCACCUAAGCAAUGGCAUGGUCAUCCCUAGCAACACAGUCGCAAUGGUCAACAUGUGGGCCAUAACCCAUGACCCAAAUGUUUGGGAUGACGCAUUGGUUUUCAAGCCAGAAAGGUUCAUGGAAAGUGUAAGCGGUUCAGAUGUGGAUGUGAGAGGUGUUGACCUCAGGCUUGCACCAUUUGGUGCAGGGCGUAGGGUUUGUCCUGGCAAGAACCUAGGGCUCGCGACAGUGAACCUGUGGGUGGCAAAGCUGGUGCAGCAUUUUGAAUGGGUUCAAGACACUGCGAACCCAGUUGACCUAAGUGAGGUAUUGAAGCUGUCUUGUGAAAUGAAGAACCAUCUCUCUGCAGUGGCCAUACCCAGAAAUGGAUUCAAGUUUUUCUAGGGUUAACAGUGAUAAAAGAAUUGAGUUUGUGAGAUUUUGGGGGCUUUUGUGUGUUGUGAAAGCCUAGAAAAAUAAAGAAAUUAAGAUGAUUUGGGGAUGAUGAUCGAUGUGUAUGAAUAUUAAAUACUGUGGUUGUGAAAAAAAGAAUGUCUGUGAGAUGGGUGACAUAGUAAUUAAUGGUGUUUGAAGUUUUUAAGUAAUUUAAGUUGUUGAAUUAGUCUGGUCUUCAUCUCUUUGUUUUUAGAAGAGUGUGUGUGUCUUAUAUUGUAAGAAAAAAGUUUGACUAUGUAAGAAAAGUUUGUGAUUCUUAUUGUUGUAUUAC